AUGAAUGCAGGUGUAGCAGUACUGGAUCAGCGAGAGACAGUAGGCGUUGGGCUGCAAUCAACGUACCUUGCGCAAAAAUCCAGCUGGUCUCGAGAGCUCACUGCCCCUGCCAGGAGGAUGGAGCACCAGAUAUCGCCGGGUAAGACUGGCCAAGGCAGCAAUGGCGGAUCCAACGCGUGCAUCCCGUGCCGGAAAGUCAAGAUGAAGUGCCAGCUAGUGGAAGGCGGCGCACGCUGUGGUCGCUGUGAGAGAAAGUCACUCAGCUGUGUAUAUCAGCAGCACCGCCGAGGCCGAAAGGUGGGUAUGCGCACAUCGAUUAUUGCCGCUAUAGGACGGGCAGAUCCCAGCGUGGACGGCGAAGACUCGCAUCUGCCGCGUGCAGGGAGAAGGAAUACCGCCACGAGUAGCACUGAAAGUGCACUGCCACCUGUGCCCGACAACUUCUGGCCGGAUGGCCAUCGAGAUCUUCCCCCGGCGAAUGUACUAAGUAACCAGGUGCAGGAUGGUGGGUUUUCCCUCCAGAACGUGCUUAGCCCUGGGCAUCAGUCGGAUAUCAGGACCAUGACAGCACAAUCAUGCCCAGACAGCCGUGAUCCGGUGGUAGCAAGACUACUUAAUCAAGCUAUUGCUUCCUCGCUAUUCGCAGGAUUCAUGUCAGAUCUGAACCCCUUUGUGAGCCAGCUCGACCCUGAGCUGCACACCCUGAACUACGUGCAGGCGACGUCGCCCUUCCUAUUCACCGCUGCUCUUAUGGCCGCCUCGAAGGUGUUCAACCCGGCUUUGUACAGCGGCCUUCGUGACCACGCGGAAGUGCUUUUGCUAGAUGUCAUCAGAUACGGUUGGAAAUCUGCCGAGGUCGUCCAGGCAAUCCUGAUCAUGACAUACUAUAAAGACCCGGAAGAUACGCGCGUCUUUGUGAAUGUCGGUCUCGCCAUCCGCAUUGCGCUUGAUCUUGGCUGGCAUGAAUUGGCAUCAGCUACGAGAAACCGAGAAACAGAAACAAUCACUGAUGAAAGGGGAAGAAGGAACGCAGAACGAACGUGGCUGGUGCUAUUUGUCUAUGAUCGGAGCCUAGCGAUACAAACUGGUAGGCCGACCAUGAUUGAGCACGACGCUCUCAUCGACCCUGUCGAUGAUUGGCAGAGGUCGUCCAUAUCAUUGCCCAGCGACGCGCUCCUUUGUGCACUGGUGAAGUUGCGGCUGCUGACCCUGGGGAUGCCCGGCACUAUUCAUCGACACGGGAGGGCCAUACAAAAUACGCCGUCGAUGACCAGACUGAUGCAUAAAAGCGUGGAGCAAUGGUUAUCUCGAUGGGUACGGGUUGCAAAAGCAGAUCAGCGGCACCAGUUCCUCGUCGAGUUCUAUGGUCGUCAUACGCUCCUGCUAUUACGCUCAGAGGAACUGCAUCAAGCGCUGAAUUCCAAACUUUCGGUACAGGAUCCUCACCUCCAGCCAAUAUGGCACGGCUUUAACGCAACUCUUGAUGUACUCCGGCUCGUAAUCGAAAAAGCGAACGACUUUGUAUAUUUUGUGCAAGAUUCGGUGCAUGUCAUGAUUGCACAUGCUGCGGUGCUCCUUGUCAAGACUCUCCUCUCUGUCCGUAGCGAAGUGCGGGACGAAUUAGAGUCUUCAUGCUUGUCUACUCUGAGAUCUCUCCUGGCGGUCCUCAGCGCUCAAGCAGCGCCUACCAACAGUGCCUGUUCGUUGCAAGCAGCGUUAAUCGCAAAUCUCCUUGGGAUGCUGGAAGUGGCAGUGCCGUCUGACCACAUCCAGUCAACUCGUCAAGGAGAGCCGACUGCUGCAACACCAGAUCCGGACGGUGCGAGAAUGCCACAUUUCAUACGCAAUGCUGGUGGWGAUGAGAUGGUGUACCCAUCACAAGGCCAUACAAGUGCUGGAAUGGCUGUUUCCGAUUCACUAGACUCAAGCCUCGUUGACGACGAGACGUGGGCUACCGUCUUUGCUACAGCGGGCUUCGACAUCAUGGCAGGCACUUUUCUCCCUGAUCUCGCCGCACAUCAAAGUGAUCAGUAG